UGCAGUGUACAGGGUUUGGGUGGUGGCUGUGGUGAACUCAACUGAGAAGUUUCAGUGAAGUGUCCUGUUCCUUCUGCUUUUGACUGUGCUGUCUUUACUGAUUCUUCUACUCUCCUGACAGAUCUUGUUUCCCCUCUCGUUGCCAGUUCAACCCCUUUGGACAUCUUGAAGUCACACCUCAUCCAGUUUUAGAAGAUGCAGGCCAUCAAAUGUGUGGUUGUGGGGGAUGGAGCUGUUGGUAAAACCUGCCUGCUGAUCAGCUACACGACAAAUGCCUUUCCUGGAGAAUACAUCCCGACUGUAUUCGAUAACUAUUCUGCCAACGUGAUGGUCGAUGGUAAGCCGGUGAACCUGGGGCUAUGGGAUACAGCUGGACAAGAGGAUUAUGAUCGUCUCCGGCCACUGUCCUACCCACAGACCGAUGUUUUCUUGAUCUGCUUUUCAUUGGUCAGCCCCGCGUCAUUCGAAAAUGUUCGUGCCAAGUGGUAUCCUGAGGUGCGGCAUCAUUGUCCCAGUACUCCCAUCAUCCUGGUAGGCACAAAGCUGGAUCUGAGGGAUGAUAAAGACACCAUUGAGAAACUUAAGGAGAAGAAGCUGGCACCCAUCACCUACCCACAAGGACUUGCGAUGACAAAAGAGAUCGGUUCGAUGCGAUACCUCGAGUGUUCAGCCCUGACACAGAGAGGCCUGAAGACUGUGUUCGAUGAGGCCAUUCGUGCUGUGCUGUGCCCAGCUCCUGAGGAGAGGAAAAAGAAGAAAUGUUUACUACUGUAGAGUUUGCACAGUGCCUCUGAUCGAAUCAAAGGAAUGUACUGAAAAGAUUGUGUUGGAGUUAAGUGUCCUGGAUUUGUGAAGCAAUCUUUGUAACAUAUAUUUUGUUGAUGUAACAUUAAAAUUUUAACGAGUUUUGAGAA